AUGAAGACUUUUACGGCUUUCUUCUAUCUUCUGCUCGUUCAUAGUUCUUACACCUUAGCUGCUAAAGAACUUUUACUCGAUACGAAUAAAUAUCAAGCAGCAAAUUUGGGCUGGCCUGGGUGGAAAUCAUGCACAAGCCCUCCUGGUCAUCUCGGAAAUUGGGCUUAUACAAAAUUUCUUAACGAAACGGUCGGCAAAUACACCAUAUGUUAUCAAGGUCAUCAUCAACGAGCUUGGUUAAUUUCUCCAUAUAUUCCUUUUGGAGUUGCAAAGAAAGUCUACGUUAAUAUAGAGUAUUCGACUAAAAGCAAUUGCUCCAUUCGUUCAAAAAAUUGUACAAGCUUUCUUUACUUCAUCGGGCUACAAUUUCAAGAAAAUAUCGGUAACCAAUUUUGUGAGAAAAGUGAAUUAUAUAGCCGCAUAAGAGACACAUUAGAUCUAGAAGAAAUAAUUCAUGCUAAGGAAAGUAGCUUACUUGCCGAUCAAAAAGGAAGAAAAGUAUCACUAUUGGGUCAACAUAGAAAAUUUGCGGCAUUUGUAACCGUCCAAGAAAAUAUGAAUGGAAUGUAUCUAUUUCUGGAUGGGAAAGGUUCAUGUAGUAUCAUUCAAAAUGUACAAGUAUGGUACAAAGUUUGUCAUCCAAAACAAAUUGGCAACGUAUAUUUUCCAGCAGCUGCAACAGAGCAGACCGGCACCAAUGUAUCCUACAGCAAUGGCAGUUGCACUGGUAAAUCACAACUUGUUGAUGACAAGGUUCAACCUAUAAUGUCUUGCUUUCCAAAUGGAACAUGGAGUAAACCACAAAAUUUACAAUCCUGUGCUUGCAAAGCCGGACAUGAGCUGCAAAAUAAUAUCUGUCAGCGUAUGUCCGAAAAUAUAAUAGUCGUAAUUAUAGUUUUCGAUCUCUAUCUGUCUUAUAUUUUCAUCUGA